AUGGAGGCCGCCCCUCCUAGCUUCCGGGCCUACGCUCGCCGCUGGGUCUUCCUGCUGGUGGUCAGCCUGCUGAGCUGCUCCAACGCCAUGUUGUGGCUCAGCUUUGCACCUGUGGCAGACACCAUCGCCCAGAACUUCUUCCUGUCCAUGGAGCAGAUCAACUGGCUGUCACUGAUCUACCUUGUGGUGUCCAUCCCAUUUGGCAUGGCAGCCAUCUGGGUCCUGGAUCAUAUGGGGCUCCGCUGGGCUACUAUCCUGGGUGCAUGGCUGAACUUUGCUGGGAGUGUACUGCGUGCUCUGCCUGGCCUAGCUGGUGGGAUUCCCAACCCAUUUGCCUUCUUCAUGAGUGGCCAGAGCCUCUGUGCCCUGGCCCAGACUCUGGUCAUCUUCUCUCCAGCCAAGCUGGCUGCCCUGUGGUUCCCAGAGCACCAGCGAGCCACAGCCAACAUGAUAGGCACCAUGUCAAACCCCCUGGGCAUCCUUAUAGCCAAUGUGCUGUCACCUGCCCUGGUCAAGAAGGCAGAGGACAUCCCUGUGAUGCUUGGUGUCUAUAUUGUGCCUGCUGCCCUUGCCUGCCUGCUGGCUACCACCUGCCUCUGGGAGAGUGUACCCCCCACCCCACCCUCUGCUGGGGCGGCCAACUCCACCUCUGAGAAUUUCAUCCAAGGGCUCAAGCUGCUUGUGCAGAACAAGGCCUAUGUGAUCCUGGCUGUGUGCUUUGGAGGUGGCAUCGGGGUCUUCUCUAGCUUCUCAGCCCUCCUGGAGCAGAUCCUCUGUGCCAACGGCUACUCCAAUGAGUUUUCAGGCCUCUGUGGGGCUCUUUUCAUCGUGUUCGGGAUCCUGGGUGCCCUGGUUCUAGGGCUGUAUGUAGAUCGGACCAAGUGUUUCACUGAGGCCACCAAGAUAGGGCUCUGCCUAACCUCCAUGGCCUGUGUGGCCUUUGCCCUGGUGUCCAGGCUGCAGGAACAGCAUGUGGCCCUGGCUGUCAUCUGCUCCCUGUUUGGGCUCUUUGGGUUCUCAGUGGCACCAGUCGCCAUGGAGCUGGCUGUUGAGUGCUCAUUUCCUGUAGGAGAAGGAGCAUCUGCAGGCCUGGUCUUUGUCCUGGGGCAGGCUGAGGGAACACUCAUCAUGGUGCUGCUGACAGCACUUACUGUGCAGAGUGCCAAGCCAUCUGUCUCUACUUGCCGACAGGAGGAGGACCCACUGGACUGGACGGGGUCCCUGCUGCUGCUGGCUGGCCUGUGUACCCUCUUCACUUGUGUCCUGGUCCUCUUCUUCCACACUCCAUACCGGCGCCUGCAGGCUGAGUCUGAAGGGCUUUCUCCACCCAGGACCAAUUCUUCGGAGCCCAGGAUCACAAGUCCCACUCCAAAGUCACCCCUGAAGGCUCCUGGCUUAGCAUCCCCAGAUGGGGUCCUACAGGAAAUUCCUGCCCCUGUCCCUCUACCCCCAGUAGUGGAGAUCUAG